UUGAGCGAGAGAAUAAAGUUUACUUACAAUUUACCAAGUAAGAAACUAAAGUAACUAGAUACGCCACUCUGUUUGAUGUUGAUAUAUCACUCAGUUAAAUAUUGAACUGACUGAGGUAGCAACAACAGCAGACUAAACCAUAUGUUGAUUGUAUAAUGUUUCUUGAAAAUUUGAAAUUCUCAAAUCUCACACGCAAUUUCGCGUGCUGAAACAGUGUCUCAUCGCAUGUGGCCUAAUCGACGCAUGGCCAACCCCGGGGUGAAAGAAUUUCUAUCACGGUAGAUUGGUUCCUGGAAAGUCUGGACUUGGACUUCGCCAUUUAAAAAGAGAAUGAUCAGAGAAUUUUCAUUUUUGCAGUGAGAACGAGAUCUGUGACUCUUUUAUAGCGCUCUGUGCAAUAAUACAAUUUAACGGUUAAAAAAGUAUUUUAUGCAUACUUUUUAAUAGUCCUUACAUUGAUAGACGUUUUACUGACGGAUGAGAUAUUAAUAAUAUUUGCAUAGUUCUUUUCUAUUCUAAAGACAAUUAAAUUUUUAAAUUAAUUAAUUACAAGAAAGACAUAGUAAAAUGGCAAAAAGGUUCACCAAACCGGCUAUAAAUUGGGCUGAGUUGGAUAAGAGAGUGCCACCUGAGCAGAAACCGCAAUUCCUUGUUUUCAAAGCAAAGGCUGAUAAUUACUUAAGAAGAGUAAAUGCAAGUCCACCAGAACCGCCCAAAAUUAACUGGGAAGAAUACAAAAAGGUCGUCCCAAUCCCCGACCUGGUAGACAAGUUCAAAUCAGCGUACGAGGCGUACAAAGUACCUGUACCCGAAGACACCAUGACAGCGAAAGUGGAUGAACAGUGGAAAUCUUUAGAACCUGCUAUCAAAGCUUACUGUGCAGAGCAGCAGAAACAUAUUGACACCGCCUCUAAAGCGCUAGCCAGAAUAGCCGCCCUGCCGAAAUUUGAAGACAUGACAAUGGAAACUGUUUACGACAUGUACCCCGAGUAUCGACUGGACCCAGUCAACAAACCAACUUUUUGGCCUCACGAACCCGAAGACCAGUAUGGGUAUAAACCCCCAGCACCACCAGCGGGUGCACCUAAAGAACCACCGAAAAAGAAGUAAGAGAUGUAAGUUGAUGAGAAAGUCCCUGACGUCGGCUAUUAAAAUAUGCUUAUGGCAAAAUUAUUUUUGGAUUA